AUGUCAGACGUGGAGGCCGGCGGGGGAUCAGAGGAGGGUGAGGACGACGGAGUGUCGCCAGGUGAUGCUGGCCACCACGGCAUCGCCGGGCCAGAGGACGGCACGGGAUCUAGGCUGGAGGACGACGGAGCAUCGUCAGGCGUGGACGGCAGUGGAGCCGCGCUAGAGGACGACAGAGUGUCGUUGGGCGGUGCUAGCCACCACGGCACCGCCGGGCAGGAGGAUGGUGGUGGAGCCAGACUGGAGGCCGACGGAGCGUCGUCAGAUGGUGCUGGCCACCUCAGCACCGCCGAGCCGGAGGACGGCGGGGGAUCCAGGCUAGAGGACGACAGAACAUCGUCGGGCAGUGCUGGCCACCACGUCACCGUCGGACCGGAGGACGACGAUGGAGUCGCACUGAAGGACGCGGAGCGUCCAGUGCGCAAGAACAUUGUUCGCCGAAUGCCAGACGUGGAGGCUGGCGGGGGAUCAGAGGAGGGUGAGGACGACGGAGUGUCGCCAGGUGAUGCUGGCCACCACGGCACCGCCGGGCCGGAGGACGGCACGGGAUCUAGGCUGGAGGACGACGGAGCAUCGUCAGGCGUGGACGGCAGUGGAGCUGCGCUAGAGGACGACAGAGCGUCGUUGGGCGGUGCUGGCCACCACGGCACCGCCGGGCAGGAGGAUGGUGGUGGAGCCAUACUGGAGGCCGACGGAGCGUCGUCAGGUGGUGUUAGCCACCUCAGCACCCCCGGGCCGGAGGACGGCGGGGGAUCCAGGCUAGAGGACGACAGAACAUCGUCGGGCGACGCUAGCCACCAUGUCACUGCCGGACCGGAGGACGACGGUGGAGUCGCGCCGGAGGACGCGGAGCGUCCAGUGGUGGAACCAGCGACUGCCCCUCACAGUGGCGCUGCAAUGUGUAUCCUGUGA